GCUCUGGCCUGUGGCAGAGGUUAGGGGAAUCCGAGUGCCCAGUGGGAGGAGAAGAUGUCAUUGCCCCUCUUUUCCCCCUUCUCCACCUGUGGUACAUGGGGAAGGGCGAGGGUGGUGCUUCAGUGACUGAAGAGGCCCUUCACUUUUCCCAGAGCGGCUCAGCCUGCAGCCUCCUUUGUGGCCUGGCCAGGAGCUAUUCUGAUCCCUUCCAUUUUCCUGUGGGCCACUCGACCCAGUUGUGAUUUUACAUUUGGGGAGUGUCUUGGUUGCUGCCCCUUGAGGGCUGGAAAACCUUGGCACGCAGUAGGCUCUAAGCAAAUGUUUGUAAGCGAAUGGAAUGACUCUUGGUCUAACUAUGGACCUUCUGUCCCUAGCGCAUCCCUGGGAGGAGGUGGCCAGAGGUAGUGAGCAGUAGCUGAGUGUAGGAGAUGGCCUCUGCCCAUCCUUGGGCAGACCCUGUCUUCCCAGAGGAAGAAACUCUUCCCCCAUCCCUUGGAAACAAGGUGACUCCCACACAGGUCAUGCUGUUGUCUCCUGAUCCAGCCGGCCCUGCCAGGUGACCAUGCCCGCCCUCGGCCCAGCUCUUCUCCAGGCGCUCUGGGCCGGGUGGGUCCUCGCCCUCCAGCCCUCUCCACCGGCUGCUUUUGCUCCCAACGGCACACACCUGCAGCAUCUGGCACAGGAUCCCACUUCAGGCACUCUCUACCUAGGGGCCACCAACUUCCUGUUCCAGCUGAGCCCUGGGCUGCAGCUGGAGGCUGCCGUGUCCACUGGCCCCGUGCUAGAUAGCAGGGACUGCCUGCCUCCUGUGAUGCCUGAUGAGUGCCCCCAGGCCCAGGCCACCAACAACCUGAACCAGCUGCUCCUGGUGAGCCCAGGGGCCCUGGUGGUGUGCGGGAGCGUGCACCAGGGGGUCUGUGAGCUGCGGCGCCUGGGGCAGCUCGAGCAGCUAUUGCUGCGACCCGAGCGCCCUGGGGACACCCAGUAUGUGGCUGCCAAUGACCCUGCGGUCAGCACAGUGGGACUGGUGGCCCAGGGCUUGGCUGGGGAGCCCCUUCUCUUUGUGGGGCGGGGAUACACCAGCAGGGGUGUGGGAGGUGGCAUCCCUCCCAUCACAACCCGGACCCUGUGGCCUCUGGACCCCCAAACUGCCUUCUCCUAUGAGGAGACAGCCAAGUUGGCCGUGGGCCGCCUCUCCGAGUACAGCCACCACUUCGUGAGCGCCUUUGCACGUGGGGCCAGUGCCUACUUCCUGUUCCUGCGGCGAGACCUGCAGGCUCAGUCUAGAGCCUUCCGUGCCUAUGUGUCCCGCGUGUGCCUCCGGGACCAGCACUACUACUCCUACGUGGAGCUGCCUCUGGCCUGCCAGGGGGGCCGCUACGGGCUGCUCCAGGCUGCGGCUGUGGCCACAUCCCUGGAGGUGGCCCAGGGGGAGGUACUCUUCGCAGCCUUCUCCUCGGCCGCUCCCCCAACUGUGGGCCGGCCUCCUUCGGCCGCUGCUGGAGCAUCUGGAGCCUCUGCCCUCUGUGCCUUCCCUCUGGACGAGGUGGACCGCCUUGCUAACCGCACGCGAGACGCCUGCUACACCAGGGAGGGCCGUGCCGAGAACGACGUGGAGGUGGCCUACAUCGAGUACGAUGUCAACUCAGACUGUGCACAGCUGCCGGUGGACACCCUGGAUGCUUAUCCCUGUGGCUCGGAUCACACACCCAGCCCCAUGGCCAGCCGUGUACCCCUGGAAGCCAUGCCCAUUCUGGAAUGGCCAGGGGUUCAGCUGACAGCUGUGGCAGUUACUGUGGAGGAUGGACACACCAUUGCUUUCCUGGGUGACAGUCAAGGGCAACUGCACAGGGUCUACUUGGGCCUGGGGAGUGAUGGCCACCCGUACUCCACACAGAACAUCCAGCAGGGGUCUGCUGUGAGCAGAGACCUCACCUUUGAUGGGGCCUUCGAGCAUCUGUAUGUCAUGACCCAGAGCACACUUCUCAAGGUUCCUGUGGCCUCCUGUGGUCAGCACCUGGACUGUGCAUCUUGUCUUGCUCACAGGGACCCAUACUGUGGGUGGUGUGUGCUCCUUGGCAGGUGCAGUCGCCACUCCGAGUGCUCACGGGGACAGGGCCCAGAGCGGUGGCUCUGGAGCUUCCAGCCCGAGCUAGGCUGUCUGCACGUGGCAGCCAUGAGUCCUGCCAACAUCAGCCGAGAGGAGCGGAGAGAGGUUUUCCUGUCAGUACCUGAUCUGCCGCCUCUGUGGCCAGGAGAGUCCUAUUCCUGCCAGUUUGGGGGUCACCAGAGUCCCGCCCUGCUGACCAGUGCCGGUGUGAUGUGCCCUUCCCCAGACCCUAGUGAGGCCCCAGCACUGCCGAGAGGAGCCGACCACAUGUCCAUGAACCUGGAGCUCAGGUUCGGUGCUGUGGUGAUUGCCAAAGCUUCGCUCUCUGUGUAUGACUGUGUAGCGGUCACUGAGCUCCGCCCAUCUGCGCCGUGCCAGGCCUGUGUGAGUAGCCGCUGGGGGUGUAACUGGUGUGUCUGGCAGCAGCUAUGCACGCACAAGGCCUCGUGUGACGCCGGGCCGAUGGUGGCCAGCCAGCAGAGCCCGCUUCUCUCCCCAGCCCCUCCAGCAGGAGAUGUACCCACCCCUUUCUCACCCAGAACCCCCCAGGCCCCAGUCACCUCUGUUCCCGACGCCCUUCCUGUGGAGCCUGGGGUCGCCUCCACGGCCACAGCCUCGGCUGUCCCACCUGGGGACAGGCCUUCCCUGCUCAGCCCCUGGGGGCCAGGGGCGGGUCCUGAUCCGGUACCUGCCUCCGCCUCCACAAAGUCACCUCUCCAUGAGGAACCUCCCCCUGCCCACCCCCCCAACAGACCUGGAACUGCUGUCCCCGCCCCCACUGACUCCGGACCCACGGCCACACCCGAGGACCUCUCGGCCUCCCACCCAUCGCCCUCAGAUGCAGCAGCACUGCCCCCCGCCCCUGCAGACCCCGGCCCCGAGGCCGACCCCUCUGCGGCACUCCUGGACCAGCCCCCCGGCACUGCUCCCACCACCACUUUCCCAGGGGCCGCUGGCUCCGUGAAACCUGCCCUGGACUGGCUCACGAGAGAAGGCGGCGAGCUGCCUGAGGCGGACGAGUGGACAGGGGGUGACACGCCCGCCUUCUCCACUUCCACCCUCCUCUCAGGUGAUGGAGACUCGGCUGAGCACGAGGGCCCUCCCGCCCCCCUCAUCCUCCUGUCCAGCCUCGACUACCAAUACGACACCCCCGGGCUCUGGGAGCUGGAGGAGGUGAACCGGGGGCCAAGUGCCUGCCCUUGUGUAGACAGUGUUCAGGGUUCCAUGCUAAUGCCAGUGCACGUGGAACGAGAAGUCCUGCUGCUGGGCAGGAACCUGGGCCUCUUUCAGGACAGCCCAGGAGACAAUGAGUGUGUGAUGGAGCUGGAGGGCCGCGAAGUGGUGGUCAAGGCCCGGGUGGAGUGCGAUCCCCCUCCAGACACCCAGUGUCGUGUGAUCUGCCGGCGGCACCAGCUCAGCUAUGAGGCUCUGCAGCCAGAGCUCCGCGUGGGGCUAUUUCUGCGUCGGGCUGGCCGUCUGCGUGUGGACAGUGCCGACGGGCUGCAUGUGGUGCUGUACGACUGCUCUGUGGGACAUGGGGACUGCAGCCGCUGCCAAACUGCCAGGCCCCAGUACAGCUGUGUGUGGUGUAAGGGGGAGCGUCCACGCUGUGUGGCCCAGGAGGCAUGUGGCGAGACCGAAGCUGUGGCCACUCAGUGCCCCGCCCCCCUCAUCCACUCGGUGGAGCCACUGACUGGCCCCGUGGACGGAGGCACCCGUGUCACCAUCAGGGGCUCUAACCUGGGCCAGCACGUGCAGGACGUACAGGACACGGUCAGGGUGGCCGGGGUGCCUUGUGCCGUGGACGUUCUGGAGUACGAGGUCUCUAGUAGCUUCGUGUGCGUCACUGAGGCCAGUGGUGGGGAGGUAGCUGGCACGGUGACGGUGGAGGUGCCAGGAAGAGGACGUGGCAUCUCAGAGCACAACUUCGCCUACCAGGACCCGAAGGUGUAUUCCAUCUUCCCGACCCGGGGCCCCAGAGCCGGGGGCACCCAUCUGACCCUGCAUGGCUCCAAGCUCCUGACUGGGCGGCUGGAGGACCUCCGAGUUGUCGUUGGAGACCAUCCUUGUCACCUGCUGCUGGAGCAGCAGGCUGAGCGGCUGCAGUGUGAGACCAGCCCCCGCCCUACGCCUGCCACGCUUCCUGUGGCUGUGUGGUUUGGGGCCACUGAGCGGAGGCUUCAACACAGCCAGUUCGAGUACACAUCAGACCCCAAUGUCACCUCUGCUGGCCCCACGAAGAGCUUCCUCAGCGGAGGACGUAAGAUAUGGGUCCAUGGCCAGAAUUUGGAUGUGGUACAGACACCAAGAAUCCGAGUGACUGUGGCCCCAAGAGCCCUGCUGCCUAGCCAGGGGCUUGGGCGGAGGCGCCGCGUGAUCCCGGAGACGGCAUGCUCCCCUGGUGCUUCCUGUGGCAGCCAUCAUUUUGAGGAGCCAUGCCACGUGAACUCCUCUCAGCUCAUCACGUGCCACACGCCUGCCCUCCCAGGCCUGCCCGAGGACCCCUGGGUCCGGGUGGAAUUUAUCCUCGACAACCUGGUCUUUGACUUUGCAACGCUGAACCCCACACCUUUCUCCUAUGAGGCCGACCCCACCCUGCAGCCCCUCAACCCCGAGGACCCCACCAUGCCAUUUCGGCAUAAGCCUGGGAGCGUGCUCUCUGUGGAGGGGGAGAAUCUGGACCUUGCGAUGUCCAAGGAGGAGGUGGUGGCCAUGAUAGGGGAUGGCCCCUGUGUGGUAAAGACGCUGACCCGCCACCACCUGUACUGUGAGCCCCCCAUGGAGCAGCCCCUGCCCCAGCACCACGCCCUCCGAGAGACACCGGAUGCUUUGCCCGAGUUCACGGUGCAGAUGGGGAACCUGCGCUUUUCCCUGGGCCACGUGCAAUACGAUGGCGAGAGCCCUGUGGCUUUUCCCAUGGCAGCCCAGGUGGGCUUAGGGGUGGGCACCUCUCUUCUGGCUCUGGGCGUCAUCAUCAUUGUCUUCAUAUACAGGAGGAAGAGCAAGCAGGCCCUGAGGGACUACAAGAAGGUCCAGAUCCAGCUGGAGAAUCUGGAGAGCAGUGUGCGGGACCGCUGCAAGAAGGAGUUCACAGACCUCAUGACCGAGAUGACCGAUCUCACCAGUGACCUACUGGGCAGUGGCAUCCCCUUCCUCGACUAUAAGGUGUAUGCCGAGAGGGUCUUCUUCCCCGGGCACCAGGAAUCACCCUUGCACAGGGACCUGGGUGUCCCUGAGAGCAGGCGCCCCACCGUGGAACAGGGGCUGGGGCAACUCUCCAACCUGCUCAACAGCAAGCUCUUCCUCACCAAGUUCAUCCACACCCUGGAAAGCCAGCGCACCUUCUCGGCUCGGGAUCGCGCCUACGUGGCAUCUCUGCUCACUGUGGCUCUGCAUGGGAAGCUCGAGUACUUCACUGACAUUCUCCGCACGCUGCUUAGUGACCUGGUGGCCCAGUACGUGGCCAAGAACCCAAAGCUGAUGCUGCGCAGGACGGAGACCGUGGUGGAGAAGUUGCUCACCAACUGGAUGUCCAUCUGCCUGUACACUUUUGUCAGGGACUCAGUAGGAGAGCCUCUGUACAUGCUUUUUCGGGGAAUUAAGCAUCAAGUAGACAAGGGACCGGUGGAUAGCGUGACUGGCAAAGCCAAAUACACCCUGAAUGACAACCGCCUUCUCAGAGAGGAUGUGGAAUACCGUCCCCUGACCCUGAAUGCACUGUUGGCUAUGGGGCCUGGCGUGGGAGAGGCCCAGGGGGUGCCUGUGAAGGUCCUGGACUGUGACACGAUCUCCCAGGCCAAAGAGAAGAUGUUGGACCAGCUUUAUAAAGGAGUACCUCUGGCCCAGCGGCCAGACCCCCGCACCCUGGAUGUCGAGUGGCGGUCUGGGGUGGCUGGGCAUCUCAUUCUUUCUGACGAGGAUGUGACUUCGGAGGUCCAGGGUCUGUGGAGGCGCCUAAACACCCUGCAGCAUUACAAGGUCCCAGAUGGAGCGACCGUGGCCCUGGUCCCCUGCCUUACCAAGCACGUUCUCCGGGAAAACCAGGAUUAUAUCCCUGGAGAGCGGACCCCAAUGCUGGAGGAUGUGGAUGAGGGGGGCAUCCGGCCCUGGCACCUGGUGAAGCCGAGUGAGGAACCGGAGCCCCCCAGGCCUCGGAGGGGCAGCCUUCGGGGCGGGGAGCGCGAGCGAGCCAAGGCCAUCCCUGAGAUCUACCUGACUCGCCUGCUGUCCAUGAAGGGCACCCUGCAGAAGUUUGUGGACGACCUCUUCCAGGUGAUUCUCAGCACCAGCCGCCCCGUGCCACUUGCUAUCAAGUAUUUCUUUGACCUGCUGGACGAGCAGGCCCAGCAGCACGGCAUUUCCGACCAGGACACCGUCCACAUCUGGAAGACCAACAGCCUGCCCCUGAGAUUCUGGAUCAACAUCAUAAAAAACCCACAGUUUGUGUUCGACGUGCAGACGUCUGAUAACAUGGACGCCGUGCUCUUGGUCAUCGCGCAGACGUUCAUGGAUGCCUGCACGCUUGCCGACCACAAGCUGGGCCGGGACUCCCCCAUCAACAAACUUCUAUACGCUCGAGAUAUUCCCCGUUACAAACGGAUGGUAGAAAGGUACUACGCAGACAUCAGGCAGACCGUCCCUGCCAGUGACCAAGAAAUGAACUCCAUCCUGGCUGAGCUGUCUCGGAACUACUCUGGGGACCUUGGGGCACGAGUGGCCCUCCACGAGCUCUACAAGUACAUCAACAAGUACUAUGACCAGAUCAUCACUGCCCUGGAGGAGGACGGCACUGCUCAGAAGAUGCAGCUGGGCUACCGGCUCCAGCAGAUCGCAGCUGCUGUGGAGAAUAAGGUCACAGACCUGUAGGGACCUGGCCAGCCCUGGCCUGCCGUUGCCUCAGCCCUGCCCGGGCGGCCCCGGAGCCGUGAGGGAGAAACUACCUUCUUAGAUGCCUGUAGUGCCUGACAAGCCGAGUUAGUGGAAGGUGGCUCCCAGUUCCCCUGGGGGCUCUGGUCUGGGCCCUGCUGGACCUGCCUCGCAGGCCUGGGGCCUUGAGGCUGAUCGGGUGGGGCCCAGCCUGCUCCCUGAGCCCAGUGACCCUGUGGGCUAUUUUGUGUGUGACGUCAGUCUGUGGGGAGUCAGGGACUAAGGGCUUCCAGAGAGUGGCUGGUGGGGCCUCCAGCCCCCGGAGAGACUGUACUGUUCCUGUACACUGGCCUUUAUCCCGCUGGGAUGCAGAGGGGGAGGAGAAGAGCCCCACUUCCUGUCCUGCCCUCUUCUAUCAUCCCUGACCUCAGUUUAGCUGCCUCUGGCCUUGUUGCUGCUGUCACGUUCCUAGGUCCGAGAGAGGAAUGCCUUUGCUAGGCCGCUGCAAACUGACCCCUCUGUGGGGCUGGCUGCCUCCAGGCCACCCUGCCUCAGAGGCAGCCCAUGGUGAGGGCCACCUGCUGCAGGCGCCCGGGGGAGAGUGGUGGCCCCACUGACCCAGAUCUUCAUUAAAGGAUAACACACUG